GGAUGUGGAGGAGACUGGCUCAGAUCCUGGGUCUGCUGCUCUGCAUACUGGGCUGGGGCUUUGUGGGCUGCACCCUGGCUAUGGACCACUGGAGGGUGGCCCAGCUGGGGGGUCAAGGGGGCUCUUCUGUGGUGGUGACAGCCUGGUACUGGUCCGACCUGUGGAAGGACUGCUAUGAAGACUCCACUGCUCUGGUGAACUGUGUAGACUUCGGGGUGCUGUGGGCAGUCAAAUCACACAUCCAGGCAGUCAGGGGGCUCCUGAUGUUCGGCCUGUGCCUCGGCUUGGUGGCCACAGUGCUCACUUUUUUCGGACUCGAGUGCACGCACAUCGGUGGCGACCGGAGAAGUGACGACAGGAUGUUGAUAACGGCGUCUGCUCUCCACCUGGUCGGCUGCGUAUCAGACGUGGCUGCUUACUGCUUAUACAUAAACAGAGUGGCUGCGGCUUUUUUACACAGCAAAGCAGAUCCAUCAAAACUGAGCUAUGAAAUUGGACCACCCCUGUACCUCGGCCUGGUGGGGAGUUUCCUCAUUGUACUUGGCUGUACAGUUCACUGCACAACUGCAUGCAGAGUUAACCAUCCAAAAAGCACACAUCCUGUGGAUCCCUUUAUCUGUGAAAAAGGAGGAAGAAAAGAAGUCUUACGAGGACAAAAACACAUCUGUGAACUGUCAAAAAGCUCAUAUGACUCCAGACACGUCUAUACCUACAAGAUCACUUCUGUUGUGAAUGUGUGA